AUGUGGGGGUUUGGAUUAAGUCUCCGAAGGCACUGGACUUCUCUUAAGAAGCGGCCCGUGCGGCUCUCCAGGUGCCGCGCGUCCACUGUGAACUGCAGCAGCAGCAGCAGCAGCAGCAGCAGCAGCAGCAGCAGCGGUGGGGCGGCGACCCAGCAGCAGCAGCAGCAGCAGCAAGCCAGCAGCUCUCUGCAAGCCCAGCGCCCGCCCUCCCAACGACCCACAGCCCGCGCCCCACCCGCAGCAGCAGCAAACCACCAGCAGCAGCAGCAGCAGCAGCAGCAGCAGCAGCAGCAGCAGCAGCAGCAAUACCUGUAUGAUUUUAAUUGCGUAGACCUCCCCGUCCAGUCUGUGUCGGGCCCUCAAAACCCUUCCAAACCCUCCCUUGCCUAUUGGGGCCAUAUCGUAGAAGUCCCGCUGCAGUCGGGGGCCCUCUUGGUUGUCUAG